AUGAGUCCCAGCGCAAUUACUGAAUAUGUACCCUCCGAGACUCGGCUCUUCAAACCAUUGAAAGUUGGCAACGUCACAUUACAGAACCGAAUCGUCUUUCCCCCCUUGACUCGAUUUCGCAAUGACGAUGACCACAUCCCUCUUCCAUUAAUGGAGAAAUAUUAUGCCGAUCGUGGCUGUGUUCCUGGAACACUCGUUAUCUCUGAAGCAACAGCCAUUUCCCAUGCCGAGGAAGGCCAAGUCAACAACCCAGGCCUUGUGACUGAUGACCAGGUCAAGGGCUGGAGCAAGAUUAUUGAUGCUGUUCACCGCAAUGGCUCUUUCUUUUUCCAGCAGAUUUGGGGUAUGGGAAGAGCAUCUAAUCCAGCGCAUCUCGCUGAGCGGGGCUUGCCAUACAGGUCUAGCAGUGCGGUGCCCAUGAAGGGUGUUGAUGUUAUUCCCACUGCUCUGACCGAAGAUGAGAUAUUAGAAACCAUCCAGAAUUUUGCCGAGACUGCUCAACGUGCCAUCGCUGCUGGUGCAGAUGGAGUUGAGAUCCACUCGGCUCACGGAUAUCUGCUCGACCAGUUCCUCACGUCUAGUGUCAACCGGCGCACGGAUAAGUGGGGCGGGUCCAUCGAGAAUAGAUCCAGAUUGACACUUGAAGUCGUCAAAUCUGUCGUCAAGGCUAUCGGUGCAGAGAAGGUAGCCAUUCGCCUUUCUCCCUGGGCCGGAUUCCAAGGUUCCGAGAAGACGGACGCCGUUGAACUAUACUCUUAUAUCAUCGCGGAGCUCAAAAAGAUGAACGUCAAGUUUGCCUACCUGUCUCUGGUUGAGGCGACCGGCGAUCCUGGGGCUUUGGUCCGAGGCGAAAAAGCGAUCAACAUCGGCAAAACACUCGACUUCAUCCUUGAAGUAUGGGACAAUUACUCGCCUGUCCUGGUGGCAGGUGGCUACCAGCCCGAAUCCGCUGCUCAGGCAGUAGAGACGCAUUACAAGAACUGGGACGUUAUGGUUGCCUUUGGUCGCUACUUCAUCUCCAAUCCAGACCUGGUCUUCAGGAUCCAACACAAUAUUCCGCUUACCCCCUACAAUCGCCCAACCUUUUAUAUCCAAAAGCAGUGGGAAGGUUACAAUGAUUAUCCCUUCAGCAAGGAGUUUUUGAAGGCGCACCCGAACGCCGUCCACCCGAUGACUGGGUGA